GCACGGCCGGAGGUUCGAGUCCCGCGGCGGAACGGCCCGGAGAUGCCGGCCGAGCCCGCAGUGCCGCAGGAGGCCGCGGAGGCAGUGCCGCAGGAGGCCGCGGAGGCAAUCCCGCAGGAGCCCGCAGACAGCAAGCCCGAGGUGUAUGAGACUGUGCUGCCAAUAAUUGUCUUGGUGCUGAGCGAUGAGGAUUUUCUCCAGGACGAUGAUGAGGACCAGCAAGUGUCCAUUCCCGAGGUGGAGCAUCAGUUUAAAUUAAACAACGGCCUUUGCGUGAAAAAUGAAGUGGAGUCUUCCAACGACAGUAUCAGCAUAGGCAAUUGGGAUGCAAACAAGACUGUUUCAAAUGAAGAUAAUGAUAUUAAGGACUCGGAGAGUGUGUGUAACACAUCAAAAUUACCUUUAAGUGCUGGGUGUGAUGCAGACACGGAUAAAUAUGGUGAAAAUUGCAUGUUACCUGCGUUGCCUUGCAAAACAGAGCUUCCAGAGAUAAUCAAAUGCACUGUUGGAGAAGAUUGUGGUGAAGAUAAUGAUGGCUUUCAGAAGAUUCCUCCUCUGCUCUCCUCUGCUGACAGUGACAGAGCUGACGCUUUUGAGACAUUGGCAGUGGUACCCAAACGUGAAGAACCUGUCAGUAUUGCAAAUGGUCUUUUUGAUGGCAGUCCACAGGAACAACCAGAAAUCCACAAGGAAUUUGAGAUAAUUGUUAAAGUGGAAGAUCCCGAUUCCUCAAAGAAUGAAGAUAAUAAAAUUGAUUACAGGAAAAUAAGCAAAUUUGAAGAUGGAACUCUUUUGGAACAAGGCUUGAAAGAAGAAGAGAAAUCUACCUAUAAUUAUAUUGAUCCAUUUCUUAAUGGAUGUUCUCCUACUUUUAAGGAACAUCUAGAAGAUGUAGGGAAACCUGAAAUGAAUGCUUCCACUUCUGCUGAAUCAAAUGCUACUGGAGAACAUAUUUACAAGAUGUUAACACCAUUCCCUAAGAAAAGAUAUCGGCAGCAAAAAGAUGUUUCUUCCCAUGCAAACCUAAAAGAGUUCCAGAGCCAGAAGGAAGAUUUAAUGUGGCUGAAGGACAGUGUGACCAUCACACCUCUUCCUAAAACGUCUUGUUUUACAAAGGAGAAUGAAAGAUUGAGCUUCAAGUGCAGGUUUUGUAGUUCUUUGUAUAAAUCCAGUGCACAGCUGAAGAAACAUAUUUAUUCAGCUCAUAAAGAUAAGAAAACACAUAAAUGCUGCUUUUGUAAAAGAACGUUUUUCUUUUCUUUCAAUCUUAAGAAACACCUUAAAUUUCAUAAGAAGAUUGCUAGGUUGCAAAAGGCAAGAAAAAAUAGAAUAAGUGCAAGAAAAGGGAGGCAGAAAGGAUCUGAAGGAGAAUCUGAGACCAAGAAAAAAGAAAGUAAAUACAAGAAGUUUUUCAUUAAAAUUGAAAGGGACUUUACACCUCUGGAUGUGCCAGUUAGCUUUUCCUGCAGAAUUUGUUUCUUUGCUUCAUCAAAUCCUAGGAGUUUUAUUAAUCACAUGAAAGGACACAAGGAGAGACCACCUUACCAGUGCCCUCAGUGUGAGUAUUCCUGCAGCAGCUUGUCCUACCUGUUAAAUCACAUGUACUGGCAUGCUGGCUAUAAGCUCUACCAGUGCAGGUUCUGCACCUUUUUCUCAUUGUAUUUUGCAAGCAUGGUGAGGCACAGCCACAUCCAUACAGGGGAGAAACCAUAUUCCUGUGAGCUCUGCCAGGCAGCAUUCACCAGCAGCUCAGCGUUGGAGAGACACAGGAGGAUACAUGCAGGGACAGAAACAGCCCAGCAACCCGACUGCCUGAGUGGGAGGAGAGGAACUGAAAGACCUCCAAACAGUUACACAUGUGAUGAAUGCAGCCUGGUGUUCUACACUAAAGGACAUCUCCGCUUUCACAAGAAAUUUCAUGAAAGGUUAAAGGCUAAUGGUUAUACGAGUCAGAGCAAUAAAUACAAACUAAGCAAAGCUGAUGGUGAUUCUCAGGGCCAUGCUUCUCACUCUCUUUUUGGUACAGAAAAUGAUUGUCUGGGUGGGGGAAUCCUAGCUCCAGAAGUAAAAUUUGAGCAAGCAGGUGAUGUGUGGGAUAUUAAGAAAAUAUGCCCUGUAAAGAAAUCCCUUGAAAACAGCCAAGGAAACAACAGCCUGGCUGUCACUGGAAAUAGAACAGAAGUUCCUCAGACUUCUUACCAAAUGGACACUGUCACUUACAAAGAGGAGCCUUUCUUCAAAUCAGAGGCCUCUCAUUCACAAGUGCAAGGUGAUGCUUCAUUUCAUAACUUUGUGGAAAACUUGGAGGAUACAUAUCCUUCUAAUUUAAAUACAUUCCAAACAUACAGAUGCCAGCAAUGCAGUUAUGCUACUGAUGUUCCUAACAACUUCAGGCUGCACCUAAAGAUACAUACGGAUGAAAGACCAUUUGUGUGUGAAGAGUGCAAUGAGACAUUUAAAACAUCAAACCAUUUGCAGAAACACAGCCUUCUUCAUGUGACAAAUGGACAGGAGCUUGGAAGUUGCCUCUUUGUAGAGAGGUGUUUAGAGAACCUUGAAUUGCAUCGUGAAAUCAAUGGAGGGACAUAUCCAAAAAGGGAUUUUGAUUCCUGCAGAGGCUCAAACAGCUCCUUGCUUGGUUCACAAGUCUGUGGAGUUCAGCAAGGUGUUCAGAGGGGCACAGCAAAUGAUGAGCAGGCACAAAGUCAGCCACUGUUAUAUCAGUGUGCAGAGUGCAAUUAUGCUACUGGCGUUCUAAGCAACCUGGAACUCCACAUCAGAACUCACACAGGUGAGAAGCCCUACAGCUGCACCAUUUGCCAGAGGAAGUUCCGUACUUCCAGUCACCUGAAAAGGCACAGACUCACACAUUUGGACGUGCAGCAUUUCAAGUGCACGAGCUGUGACUUCUCAACCAACAAAUGGCUGUCCUUGAAGCGGCACCUGGCUUUGCACCCAGGGGAGGGAACCUCCUCUUCUGGCUACCUCUACAAGCACAAGGAGCUGCCUGUCAAGACAUACAGGUGUGAGGAGUGUGGCUAUUGCACAGCCCACAACGGCAACCUGAAGCUCCACAUGAGGAUCCACACGGGGGAGAAGCCGUUCCAGUGCGGGCAGUGCUCCGUGGCUUUCCGCACCUCCAGCCACCUCAAGCGCCACUUGCUGACUCACCUCAGGCUGCACUGCCGGAGGUGCAGGUAUUCCACAAUGGAUAAACAGGCUUUCCAAAAGCACAUCAAAACGCACAAAAAGAAGUACAGGUGUGCAAAGUGUAAUGUGGUGCUGCCCACCAAAAAACUGCUGGAGAAGCAUAAGCAGCAGCACCAGCCUGGAAUGUGAAGUUGAGAAUUGGAAGUUGGUGCUUGGUUUUGGACAGGUUUGCAUGCCCUGAAUUUCUUCAUGGCAUUUUGUUCCUUUGCUGUGGCAACAACAGUGGCUGGUAAUGGAUGCAUCCAGCAUUUUGGUUGAGAGAGUGAAUCUUGGGGUAUUGGUUUGCUGCAGGUGUUUCUGAGAACAUCAAUUCUAGCACAGGCUGUGCUGAAGAUCUUGGAGACAUUUUUUCAUCCCUGAGUAACUGCUCCCAGAGAGGUCAGUUAGUUUGGCCAGUGUUCAUUGCUGUUUAAAGAGUUAUUCUGCACCACUUAUUUUCUUGUAAAAUUUCAAUAAGAAAAAAAUCUUUUUUCUAACUGAAAGAAUGUCUAAAGGGAGAGAAGGAAAGGCAUGUUAUAUUUUAUAGUAAUAAAAUGUAUAGUAAUAAAAAUGAUCAGCAUAUCUAGAGGCUUAAUGCUACCUCCCAUCUGGUGGAAGUUGCCUCCUUUACUCCCAGGUGCUUUUGCAAUACUUGUAACAGCAAAAAGUAAUAGUAUCUUCUCACCAAAUUACAGAAACAGGAUAUGCAUGUCAUCACUGGGUAAUUGUGACAUGAAAAUGUAUUACAUGUGUCUGUAUGUAUAAGGUGUUUAUUAAGCUGUUACCUUGUCUGAAGUUUUUUGAUAAAUUUUUGAGAAAUUACUAGAAAUGGUAAUGUCCAGAAAUGUGUAUUUUAUGACACUGGGAAUCUUUAAAUCUUCAAUUUUGUGUGAAUGUCCAAUGUUAAUCUAGUAUGAAUCUAGCCUUACCCUUUCUCAGGUUGGUAGCUACUGUGUUGUUAAAAUAGAUGAUACCCUUUUCAAAUAACUUCUGUUAAUACCAGCAGUUGCUGACAAUUGUGAAUGCUGUUUAGUUACAUUGGAAACCUUAGCAGAACUUUAAACUGUACAUUUAUUUUAAGAACUUGUGUAAGAGCCAUUGUACUGUGCAGCAGUUGGUGCAGGGUAUGGUGAUCCCAGGUGGAUGCUGCUUUCAAUUUGUAUUCAGAUCCAGACAAAUCUUUGUUUUGGAGUUGGGCAGUGUUAAGAACUCUUGAGUGUGGUAAGAGGUUUUAAUAAUAAUGUGUUACCCCUUCUGUGAGGAAAGACAACAGCAAAGGGCUGGUGCAAACUGUCCCAAUGCUACAGCUCAGUCCAUGAAGCAGCAGACCAAACCUGUAGUUUAAUUUAGAGAAUGUAAAUGUGGAAUUCAGUGGUUUUUUUCCUGCUCCUGGAUGUCUGCCUAUCUGUAGAAAUACAGGUAAUGUCUUGUGGAGUCUUUCUGGAGACAGGCUGGGAAGGGCUGCCCAGAGAGGUAGUGGAGUUCCCCUCCAUCUGGAUGUAACCUGGCCCACUGGCUCUGGGUGGCCCUGCCCGAGCAGGGGCUUGUCUUCUAGAACUCCUGCAGCCAUUCUGUGAUUUGGAAGACAAUUUUCCAAUAUGGAUUGAAACUCAUGGGCAGAUACAUCUAUUUAAGGCAGAUAGUGAAGAUAUUCAAGUGACCCAGUUCUUUGGAGCUUCAGUAAAGUCAGAGAAGUAAGUAUCCGUGCCUGAACCGUGGUGGUUACAGGUGAGUGAUUUAGACCUUGGAGCCACCUAAUCCAGUUGUGAGAGAGAAGAAUGUUAUCCUCUAUGAAGAAAGAAAAGCAUUUCUGGGAAAUAUUAAUGGUUAUUCAAGCUUGGAGGAGUUCUUACCUGCAUUACAUUAUAAUUCUGGUCAUUUAUUUGAAAAGAACAGGUACAAAGAGAAAACAAAAGUACCAAAGGUAUUGUGAGCCUCUACAUCAGAUGAAACUAGAAAGGCUAAAUCUGAUAGAGCACAGUUGUUUAAAAGUAUGGAGUACAAUGAUGUAAACAUAAGUUUCUUCAAGUUGUAAGAACAAGAAGGUCUUUUCAGUUGGAUGAUUUUAUAAAAAAAAUUACUGAUGAUUUUAUAAAAAGAAUUACUCCUAGUCACUGUCUCUAAUAAAAAUAAACAGUUCAAUGACUCCUGA